CCGCUUGCACCCCGCGCACUCUGUGCUGCCCGUGGACACCAUGAGCGGCCGAGUUGGAGACCUGAGCCCCCAGCAGCAGGAGGCGCUGGCCAGGUUCCGGGAGAACGUCCAGGACCUGCUGCCCACCCUGCGCAAUCCUGAUGAUUACUUCCUCCUGCGCUGGCUCCGAGCUCGGAAGUUUGACCUGCAGAAAUCCGAGGACAUGCUCCGGAAGCACAUGGAGUUCCGGAAGCAACAGACCCUGGACAACAUCCUCACGUGGCAGCCCCCAGAGGUGAUCCAGCUGUACGACUCGGGUGGUCUGAGCGGCUAUGACUACGAAGGCUGCCCUGUGUGGUUUGACCUCGUCGGGAAGCUUGACCCCAAGGGUCUCCUCCUGUCAGCCUCCCCGCAGGAGCUGAUCCGCAAGCGCAUCAGGGUCUGCGAGAUGCUUGUGCAGCAGUGUGAGCUGCAGAGUCAGAAGCUGGGCAGGAACAUCGAGACGAUGGUGUUGGUGUUUGACCUGGAGGGGCUGAGCCUGAAACACCUGUGGAAGCCAGCUGUGGAGGUCUCCCAGCAGUUUUUUGCCAUCCUGGAAGCAAAUUAUCCCUAGAGGCUGAAGAAUUUAAUUGGUAUCCGAGCCCCCAAGCUGUUCCCCGUGGCCUUCAACUUGGUCAAGUUGUUCAUGAGCCAGGAAACGAGAAAGAAGAUAGUGAUUCUAGGAGGCGACUGGAAGCAGGAGCUGCAAAAGUUUGUCAGCCCCGACCAGCAGCCCGUGGAGUUUGGGGGGACCAUGACCGACCCCGACGGCAACCCCAAGUGCUUGACCAAGAUCAACUACGGGGGCGAGGUGCCCAAGAGCUACUACCUGCGCAACCAGGUGAGGACGCAGUACGAGCACACAGCGACCGUGGGCCGCGACUCUUUCGUCCAGGUGAAGACUGAGAUCCUGUUCCCAGGCUGUGUUCUCAGGUGGCAGUUUGCAUCAGAGGGGGCAGACAUCGGCUUUGGGGUUUUUCUGAAGACCAAGAAGGCAGAGCAGAAGCGGGCCGGGGAGAUGACGGAGGUGCUGCCCACCCAGCGCUACAAUGCCCACCUGGUGCCCCAGGACGGGAGCCUCAGCUGUGACAAGCCCGGCGUCUACGUCCUGCACUUCGACAACACCCACAGCCUGAGGCACAGCAGGAAGGUCAGCUACACUGUGGAGGUGCUGCUCCCGGACAAGGCCUCUGAGGAGAAGAUUCAGGGUAUCGAGGCAACGAGACCCACCCCAGCGCAAUGAAGACCCCGGCCGUCUCUGUGCCUGUGCUCUCCAAUCCCUUAGCACCCCCACCCUGUCCCCUGCCCUCUAGCUGGUCCAGGCCAGUGGCCACCCGUAUCUCCAAAGACCUUGCCUCUGGAUCCCUGUCCCCGAGCUCCUUAGGGUUUGUCCUUCUGUACUGCUGUCCCACUGGGCAAAGGAGUGCUGUCUACCCAGGAGAUGUCCCCGAGAAUGAGUGCUCAGACAUCCCUGUAAAAGGGGUCCUCAUUGUGAAGUGUCAGCAUCCUGGCUGCCAAGGCCUUUCCCAGAGACUGGAAGCCUUAGCAAACACUAUCCAAGGGCCUUGCUGGCAAGGGGCCGGGCUCUGGCCCUUUCCACCUUCAGAUUCUGAUUUCAUUUUCUCCAAUUAAUAGGAGGUUUCUCAAUUUCCUAGGAUCUGUUUGGGGCAAGAAAAUGAUAAGGCUUGGGGGGUCUUCAGGUGAGCUAUGUGAGGUCCUUGGGGUCCCCAGCCCCUCCACCUGUGGCAGCUGCAUCAUUCAUGGUUUAGCACACAAUGUCUGAACUGGGGCUUUCCUGCUGUAAAAAGCAAACCAACUAAACAAAAGGAAAUGCCAAAAGCCAGUGCCAUGAGGUGCUCCUGGUCCAACGGUGUUUGAGUUGUUUGGCAAGGAAGAAAACUGCUGUGCCAGAACCCGGGAGACAGCCUGGGGCCAUCAGGCAAAAAUCACAGAACAUCCCUGUGUCCAAGGACUGCCCCUGCAUCCCAGACGUGACAGGCUGUCCCGCCGCCCCUGUUGCCUUGCGUGGUCACCCUCCAUGCAGCCUCCCCAGAUGCAGGAGCAUCUGGAGUCCCCUGAGGCCCCCAGGGGUCCCAGUGCCAUUUUCCCACUGCCCUCGGCAGGCUAUGGAGGGCAGGGCUGACUGGGGUUAGGAGGACCCUGUGCCAGGUUUCGCUGGGCCCACCUGUUGUCAUGACAGGGGCUCAUGAUGCCUCAUUUCAGCCUUCACAUCCCCGGCCUAAAAACAAGGGGUUCAUGGAUGUGAACCCUAACUUUUGCCUUUCUAACCGCCCACAGCCUAUUUCCCACCAUGAGCACAGCCUCUCCUGGUUUCCUUGCAGGUAGCAAGUAUUGCUCUGCCCCAUGCACAGGGUUUCCCGAGGCUCUGAUCACAGGUAAUUUACACAAAUACAGGCUGGAACAAGGGCAUCCAGUGUGGCACCAGGGACUCUGAAUCCCAGAGCUGGCAGAGUGCACCUCGUGUUAAGCAGAGAGGGCAGCAGCCACCUGCAGAGGUGACAACAGAAUCUCCUACCUGGCAAGGUGGGCAGGCAUACUUGUGGAGCUAGACAGGGGGCACAUUCUCAGCAACCCCUGGCCUUGACUCAAUACUGUCAGUUUCUUCAAAAAAAAGAAAAGAAAAAGGAAACAGGCCAGAGAAGGGCUGGCUCUCCCAAAGUUUGUUUCUUCAUCCAGCACCAGGUCCUGCAGGCCUUGGGGACACUACGGCCACUGAGUUGAGCCAGCUCUGCUAGAAGGAACCUUGCCUGUAUUGAGGGAGGCAGAAGUGACUUGGAUGAUCCCUUAUCAAGCGGGCAUGUCACCACGUGAGCUUGGAGGGGAGGAGCGGAAUUCUGAGGGAACAUUCAGCAAAGAAAGCUGAUGGGGGUCAGAGGUGCUUUUCCCGAGGAAAUGACCCCUGGAGGGAGAGCUGAAGCGUGUGUGGGGUGACCAGGUGCAGGCGAGCCUUCCAGACCGAGGAAGCAGGUAAGGGUGGCCGUGGGGUGUUUGAGGCCAGAGGAGAGUUCUCGGUGACACUGGUGACAGUUGACUGAUGUUUACUAUUUCUUUGUGAGCAAGUGUGUACACUUAGUGGUUAAUAAAACCAUUUUACAACAUA